AUGACUAGGAUACAUCUCUACCAAAUGCCAGUGCCACGUAACAAUUACUCUGGUCCGGUAUUCGGAGUAGUAGGAGGAUCCUACAGUUCUGUAUCUCUCCAAGUGGCCAACCUUCUGGGACUAUUUCACAUACCUCAGAUAUCCCCGGCCUCGACAGCGAAGGCACUAAGCGACAAAACUAGAUUUAAAUAUUUCGCCCGCACAGUUCCUCCUGACACUUUUCAGUCGAGUGCUUUAGUCGACAUUGUCAAAAGUGUCAAUUGGUCCUAUGUAUCGACGAUCUAUUCAGAAGGAUCCUACGGGGAAUAUGGAAUUGAAGUGUUCCACAGGGAGGCUCAAGAACGUAAUGUCUGCAUCGCCACUGCUGAGAAAGUGCCCAGUGCCGCAGACGACAAAGAGUUCGACAACAUUAUUUUAAAAUUGAAAAAGAAAAUAAACGCUAGGGGCGUCGUGCUUUUUACUAGAGCUGAGGAUGCUAGACAUAUUUUAAAAAGAAAAAGUAACAUUAAAAUGUAA